AUGGUUUCCUCAUUAAUCAUAUUGGGUUCGCUUUCGUUCGUAGUUCUUUCAUUUCUUAUAAAUCGUAUUUAUAAACCUAUAGGAUAUACAUCCAUACCUGGUCCUGCCCUUCGUUUGAGUACUCGUUUGCUGAUGUUUAUUCAGCUUCAUUUCUUGCAAACACUACCAGAAUUCACGGAAUUUUGGUGUAAACUUUAUGGAGACACCAUCGGUGUCUGGGUAAAUGGUGGUUACACCAUUGUAUCUUGUGAUGCCGAUUUUGUUCAGAAAAUUCUUGCCGGCACUCAUGCCAGCAAUUUUAUCGCACGAACGGGCAAUGACGAUGGUUUGAAAGCAAUAGGGAUGUAUCAAAAAGGAAUCAUUUGGAAUAAUGAUGUCCCAAAGUGGACCCUUCAAAGGCGCAUUUUUCAAUCUGGAUUGGGUUCCAACGUUCGAGAAAAGGCCUUUGAAGUUGCUACAGAGAAAACUCGACAAGAAAUCAAUCGCAUAAAGGCUACCGCGCGUGACAAUAAUACUGUUCCAACCAUUGAUCUCUUAAAUAUCCUUCGUCAUUCCACCCUUGCUGUCACACUGGACGUGGCCCUAGGAAUCCAAUUAGAUCAAGAACGAUCGCAGCACCUGAUCGACUCCAUCGUUGAAUACUUUAAGGCGUGGGAAUUUUUCUUAAUGAAACCGCGAUUCAUCUGGUCCUUGUUUCCGUUACGUCUUUAUCAUCACAAGAAGUCAAUCUCAAGGCUGCAAGAAUUGAUUCGAAAUCUUGUUUCAACCUUGAACAAACAAUCGGCCCCUUUCAUAUCUCAACUUCACGAGAAUGGAUUGACCAUCGAUGAGAUCAAUCAAUGCGUCCUCGAAAUGGUCCUUGCGGGAACUGAUACAUCUUCCGUAAGUUUAUAUUACACAUUUAUUCUUCUUACGGAAAACGAGGAGAUACAAAAUCAAUUAUUGGAUGAUUCUCGAGAUGAUUCAUUCUUGGAAUCCGUUUUACGGGAAUCUAUGAGAAUAAUGCCCGUCGGUCCGGUCAUAAUCAGGAAAGCGCUUGCUGAUUGCGAUAUUUCAGGAACGCGCAUCCAAGCAGGCACUAACAUAGUUAUUAACGUUGCUCGAAUGAAUAGACACCCAAAGUGGUUUGAAGAUCCUUUAAAGUUUAAUCCUCAACGAUUCCAACAGAACGAAAAUUUGAUCGCUCUCUCUGCUACAAUGGGAGGGAAAGGACCAAAAUCAUGC